UGGGGAGAUAGUCAUCUCUUCCAGAAAAGGAAGCAAGGAAACAAAUAGCUAAUAUACAGAUAUAGAGAGAGAUUUUAAAGUAAAGGAUGCACUGGAAGACUUUGCUACUGCUGCUUUUCUAUUAUAGUACUCAUGCCACUGUGAGCCCGAGGUGGAACAGAGCCGUGCUUUUCCCAGAUGCUCAGCGGUUUAAGAGAUGGUCGUCAUCUGCCCCCGUGAGCCCGGUGCUGCAGAACUCGCUGGAUGAUGUGAACAUGCUUUUUGAGUUUCUUUUAGCUGAGAUUGAAAUUGACAAAAAUCUGAGGCUCUCCAUAAAAGACGAGGAGCUGGCUUCGCUGAGGAAAGCCAAAGAAUUUGACACUGUCUGCAAUGACAUUAUCCCCAAGAGCAUCACAGAGAUUCGUCGGCUGAGUGCCAGGCUGUCUGACUACCCGAGGGUCCUAAAGAAAGAAGAUUUUGAAAGGACAGUUUUGACCAUGGUCUACACAGCCUACAGGGCAGCUCGAUCUCGGAAGCACCAGAAAGACUCUUGGGCUGAAUCCUUCAUCAGUCUCUACAAGGCCCUGAAGCAUGACUUGAUGUUCUCAUGCAGCGAAAAGCCAUUGCACUGAAGAAAUUUAUACACCAAGAAUGCAACAAGCUCUGAUGAGAAGGGGACACAUAGCACGUCCACCACUUUAUUCCGUAAACAAUUUAAGUCUAUGCAUAGUUAAAGAUUCUUUAUUCUCUAGCUCCCCCUAGUGGGUUCCUGUUAUAGAAACAUGUUAAACAGGAAAAACAUCUUGUGGCUUCAGUCCCUGGCGUCCAUUCUCAUGUGGGCAAAGAAGAAUGUUUUAUUACUGAGGUAGAAGGGAAUAUGUAUAUUAUAUAUACAUAUUUAAAGUUAUUCCCAAAGGAUGAAGGAAGGGCACGUUCAUCUGGCAAGUUUGAGGGGAAGUUUUAGAAACCCAUUUCCUGUUUUGGAAAGUAGUAGAUAUUUUGAAAUUGCAUUAAACAAGUCAAUCCCUGGUGUAAUAUCAACGAAGUUAAUGGCUUUAUGUCUGGGAUGAUUUGGGCGUGAUCUGUCUUGGGGGUGAAGGGGAGUAUGCUACUCCGGUAAUUAGUUUGCAAAGCAAGCUCAGAAGGAGAAUGCGCUGGGGAAUGCUACCUUCCUGGCUAGAAAUGGGAUGUAAAAAGAGAGAGAGAGAGAGAAAGGCUCACUAUAAAAUGAAGAAGAGUCGUGGCAAUUAGAGCUUGGAGGCUCUGGCAAGAGUAAAAUCAUCAAUAUUCUUGUAAAUCAAACUGGCUGACUUGCUUCCCAGGUAUUGGCAAACUAUUUUAAUCUCUUGUUCACAUACAUUGGGUUGAGCCAGGUUUUAUUCACAAGAAUGUUUGUUUGUGGAAGGACACAUAGUUAUCUGUGUGUGCAUUCUCCCCAGAAGAGCUCUCACAGCCAGUCUAUAAAGGUCCUUCCGUUAUUUGCACAUGUCUCUGAGCCUGCAACUAUCUGUCCAUGUGGAGUCAACUGCAGGAUCACAGCCUAAAUUAAUGUAACAAUUACACAUUUUUCAGCUUGUCCCUAUAACUCAAAGUCACUGAAUUAGUCUCCCGGUUCAGAACAUCUCUGAACUUUGUGAUGGGUGUAAAAAAUCAAGAUUUUUAUGGAUAAUUCAUGGGAUAGAGGAAAGGUAUUCAUCAGAGAAAUUAUUUGCAAUGAACAGUUCAACCUGUUCUAGUGACAAUCAGGGCCGGUGCAAGGAAGUUUCGCUCCCUAGGCGAAACUUCCAACUUGCACCCCCCCACAGCUAGCCCC